AUACGAUUCAGCCUCUCGCAACUUUCGUCCCAUCCGGUUCCUCCUCCUCCUGCCUAUUUUCUUUCCUACUCUCUCUUCCCACCUUCAACUACUCUCUCCCACUUCUACUAAUCAACCUUCUUCCUUUUCCCCCCAACUACUCCAAUCGCUUGAUUCGUUCUAUUUGUUUAAUACUUACCCAUCAUGUGUGGAAUCUUCGGCUACAUCAACUACCUGGUCGAGCGGGACCGCCAGUUCAUCAUUGACACUCUCCUCAAUGGCCUCUCCAGACUGGAAUACCGCGGCUACGAUUCAGCCGGUAUGGCUGUCGAUGGUGACAAGAAGAACGAGGUGCAGGCUUUCAAGGAAGUUGGCAAGGUCGCUAAGCUCCGUGAGCUCAUUGCCGAGACCAAGCCCGACAUGACCAAGACCUUCGAGUCGCACGCUGGUAUUUCUCACACCCGCUGGGCCACCCACGGCACCCCCUCCCGUGGUAACUGCCACCCCCACCGAUCCGACCCCUCCUGGGAGUUUGCCGUCGUUCACAAUGGUAUUAUCACCAACUACAAGGAAUUGAAGGCUCUGCUGGAGACCAAGGGCUUCCGCUUCGAGACUGAGACCGAUACUGAGUGCAUUGCCAAGCUGGCCAAGUACCUGUAUGACCAGCACCCCGACAUUGAGUUCACCGUCCUGGCCAAGGCCGUCAUCAAGGAGCUCGAGGGUGCUUUCGGUCUGCUCCUCAAGUCCGUUCACUACCCCCAUGAGGUCAUUGCCGCCCGCAAGGGUUCUCCCCUGGUCAUUGGUGUCCGGACCUCCAAGAAGAUGAAGGUGGACUUUGUCGAUGUCGAAUUCUCGGAAGACGGUGCUCUUCCCGCGGAGCAGGCCUCCCAGAAUGUCGCUCUCAAGAAGUCCGCUACCAGCCUGUUGGCCCCUCCCGACAAGUCGCUGCUGCACCGUUCUCAGUCCCGUGCCUUCUUGUCCGAUGACGGCAUUCCCCAGCCCGCUGAGUUCUUCCUCUCCUCCGACCCCUCGGCCAUCGUCGAGCACACCAAGAAGGUCCUCUACCUCGAGGACGACGACAUUGCCCACAUUCACGAGGGUCAGCUGAACAUCCACCGUCUGACCAAGGAUGACGGUACCUCCAACGUCCGUGCUAUCCAGACCAUCGAGCUGGAGCUCCAGGAGAUCAUGAAGGGCAAGUUCGACCACUUCAUGCAGAAGGAGAUCUUCGAGCAGCCCGAGUCCGUCGUCAACACCAUGCGUGGACGUCUCGAUGCUGUGAACAAGAAGGUUACCCUGGGUGGUCUUCGCCAAUAUAUCUCUACUAUUCGCCGUUGCCGUCGUCUCAUUUUCAUUGCCUGCGGUACCAGCUACCACUCCUGCAUGGCUGUGCGUGGUGUCUUCGAGGAGCUAACUGAGAUCCCCAUUGCCGUGGAGCUGGCCUCCGACUUCCUGGAUCGUCAGGCUCCCGUCUUCCGUGACGACACCUGCGUGUUCGUCUCCCAGUCCGGUGAGACUGCUGAUUCUCUCAUGGCUCUCCGCUACUGUCUGGAGCGUGGUGCCCUGACUGUUGGUAUCGUCAACGUUGUCGGCUCGUCCAUCUCCCUCCUCACCCACUGUGGUGUCCACAUCAACGCCGGUCCCGAGAUUGGUGUUGCCUCUACCAAGGCCUACACCUCCCAGUUCGUCGCUAUGGUCAUGUUCGCUCUGUCCCUGAGCGAGGACCGUGCCUCCAAGGCGAAGCGCCGUGAGGAGAUUGUCGAGGGUCUCGGCAAGGUCUCUGACCAGUUCCGCCAGAUCCUGAAGCUCAACGAGCCCAUCAAGGAGAUGUGUGCCAAGUUCUUCAAGGACCAGAAGAGUCUGCUCCUGCUGGGUCGUGGUGCUCAGUUCCCCACUGCUCUUGAGGGUGCCCUCAAGAUUAAGGAGAUUUCCUACCUCCACUGCGAGGCCGUCAUGUCCGGUGAACUCAAGCACGGUGUUCUGGCUCUCGUUGACGAGAACCUACCUAUUAUCAUGAUCCUCACCCGUGACAACCUGUUCACCAAGUCCCUGAACGCCUACCAGCAGGUCAUUGCUCGUGGCGGUCGCCCCAUCGUUAUCUGCAACGAGGAUGACCCCGAGUUCUCCUCUGCCCAGACCGAGAAGAUUGUCGUUCCCAAGACUGUGGACUGCCUCCAGGGUCUGUUGAACGUCAUCCCGCUGCAGCUGAUCUCCUACUGGCUGGCUGUUGGCGAAGGCUUGAACGUCGACUUCCCUCGUAACCUGGCCAAGUCCGUGACUGUCGAGUAAAUGGGAAGCGGGGCUUCAAAGAAAGUAUUCAAGUAGACGACUGCAAUGAUCUCCUGUUCCCUUACCUUUGGGUGUUAAUGCCUGUGUUUUGUUAAGCUUAUUCCCAAGAAUGGAAUCGUGUUAUAUUUCUGGUGUCAACAA